CGCCAGAAAGAAAGUAAAAUGAAAGCGGCAGCAGCGGCCGCGAAGGAAAAGCGAACGCCGCCUCGUUGAGGAAUGAACACGGUGGCGACGCCGUUCUCGGCGAUGGUCCACCCAUUCGCUCCGGCCGCCUCCUCAAUCUGCCUCCGCCAGGGCCAAGCACGACUUCAAAAUCCUCUCUUUCGCCCCUGCUUUCGUCAGAUUAGGAGGCCAUUGAGAUCCGCGCGCGGAGAGCUGCAAACCUCGGAGCCCUCAACGGCGACGACAGCUUCGACUUCUAUAAGGACUCAUCGGGUCACUGUUCACGACCGUCAGCGCGGCGCGGUCCACGAAUUCCUUGUGCCGGAGGAUCAAUACAUACUGCACACGGCGGAGGCGCAGAACAUAUCCCUCCCCUUUGCUUGCAGGCACGGUUGCUGUACUAGCUGUGCUGUUCGAGUAAAAUCUGGUCAAAUUAGACAACCAGAAGCUCUUGGAAUAUCUGCAGAAUUGAAAGAUAAGGGUUACGCAUUACUCUGUGUGGGUUUUCCAUCUUCUGAUAUUGAAGUUGAAACUCAAGAUGAAGAUGAGGUGUACUGGCUCCAAUUCGGGCGGUAUUUUGCGCGAGGCCCAGUUGAAAGAGAUGACUAUGCCUUGGAGCUGGCUAUGGGCGAUGAAUGAAUGGACAAUUGGAAAGAUCAACUAUUACUCAUAAUCUGCUGAGCUUUUCUUUCCUGAUUGUGUCUUUGAUCUAGUGUGUAUUACACGUACCUUUACUCGAUCCUCAUAUUAAAUAUCAAUCUUCGCUUGUUUGCACAAAAAAAUUGCGUUUAGGAAAUCUAUAAUUUGUAGCUGUUUGCAGAUCUUACAAUUCCCUUCAAUAUCAAAGUUAUGUUGGCUAUAUAUAUUUUCUACUAGCUGCUACAAUAUAUUCAGAUCUUACGGCUUCGUGUAGCAGAUCAAGGUGAGUUCUGAUGGAGUCAGAAAUAUUUAUUAAGUCGAUUACCUGAAUAUUUAUUAACUUGUAAAAGUUAAUUUAGGUUUUUGUAUUUAUGAAUUGUAUCUAAUUAAAAAUUGUUAAAAUGAUCCUAAUUAGGUUUUAAAUUCAGGUUUUUAUUAUAAAUAACUUAGGCAUGAAUUGACUGUAUUUACAUAUUGUAGAUUUGAAGGGAUAGUCACAAUCUUAUAAUAUUGAAAAUUUAAUAUAACAUUAUAACUUAUACCUUAAUUCAGAGUAUAUUAAUAUAAUAAUAGCAUCAUCAAUAAAGAAUAAAAUAUGUCACUAAUGGUUUGGAUGCGUGAUGUAUCAAGCGGGUCGGAUCACACCCCGAUCCGCUAUGCUGCGUAAUAAUAACGCCCGCGGAAGCCGGAGAGGGGUAAAAGAGCCGCAAGGGUAGAGAUCUCCUCUUUUAGAGCACGACAGGCUGCGGGAAAUCGAAUCGAAGAGCGGAGGAGGUUCCAUGGAGGGGUGGGAUUCGAGCACGAAGUCGGCGCUGACGCAGAUCCCUCUCCUCUCGACGAGGGCGGGACCUCGAGACGGUGCGGCCUGGACGCAGCGGCUGAAGGAGGAGUAUCGCGCACUGAUCGCCUAUACCACCAUGAACAAGUCCCGCGACAAUGACUGGUUCCGUAUCUCCGCCGCCAAUCCCGAGGGCACGCAUUGGACUGGCACCUGUUGGUACGUCCACAACCUCCGACGCUACGAGUUUCAACUGCAGUUCGACAUCCCCGUCACUUAUCCCGCCACCGCCCCAGAGCUGGAGCUACCGCAGCUCGACGGAAAGACCCACAAGAUGUACCGAGGUGGCAAGAUCUGCCUCACCGUCCACUUCAAGCCACUCUGGGCCAAGAACUGCCCUAGGUUUGGAAUUGCUCACGCCCUUUGCCUGGGCCUCGCGCCUUGGCUCGCUGCUGAGGUGCCAAUUCUUGUCGACUCUGGCGUAGUCAAACACAAAGAUGACGAGCCUUCCUCAUCGGAAUCCUGAUGGUUUGUCUCUCAUGGCCAUUAAAGCUAAGCAUUAGAGCAAGUAUAGAUUUCUUAAACUGAUUUAUAAGUUUGCUUAAUGUUACAGUAACAAUUGAAUUUCAAUAGCUGUGUUGUUCCGGAUUAUGUGUGUGCCGUCCUUUUGAUGAAACUAAUAAAACUUAAAUCUUUUAUUUUGUCCAA